UCCGACUCUCGCGAGAUUUUAGCGCGAGCGCUCUUUCGCUUCCUUCCCAGCAGCCUUUGCGGCUCCGGUUGUUGCCCUUCAGGCCGGACUCAAGAUGGCGUCGGCCACUGGCUUCAUCCAGUGGCUCCGGAAUUCGGCCUCAGGGCAUAAUCUCCAAGCUAAGUUGCAGUUACGUUACCAGGAAAUAGCUAAGAGAACUCAGCCACCCCCUAAGCUGCCAGUGGGCCCUAGCCAUAAACUUUCAAACAAUUACUAUUGUACUCGUGAUGGACGACGGGAAGCCUCUCCUCCUUCAGUCGUAAUGUCUACUGUGAAAGCUUUGGAGUCUGGUCUUGCUGGUAAGAGCUCAAAUGAGGCUAUGACAAGUUCUGGGAAAAAGCCAAUUACACCAGCACCUCCCAUGAAAAAGUGGGAACUGUCAAAGGAUCAACCAUAUUUGUGAAAUGGACAUGGGAAGAUGAACAUACAGAUGCUGAGAGAUUGUGUUUUUAGGGGACUGACUUGAAGGCACCAGCUCAGCUGCAGAGGCAUCAUGGAGGAUCAUGCAGAGUUAUUUUACCUUGGGGCAGGGGGGUUGGGGAGAAACAUAUAUCCUAAUACAUGAUAAAAACAAAACAAAACAAAAAACUGAGCUCUGAUAUU